GGGAGGGUUCGGGGCGGCUCUCGGGGCGGUCUCGGGCCGCGGCGCAGGCGCGGGGGGCGGGGCGGGUCCCGGCGAUGGCGGCGGCGGCGGGGCCGGGCGCGGGGCCGCAGACGAUCCCCAUCUGGCAAAACAAACCCCAUGGUUCCACUCGCAGUGUGGUCAGGAGGAUCGGGUCAAACCUUCCCUUAAAGCCCUGUCCCAGAGCCACCUUUGAGGUUCUGCCCAAUGUUUCAGAGCUAUAUUUAAACGAUGUCCCUCCAGUGCCCACCUUGGCGGACAUCGUGUGGAUCGCAGCAGAUGAUGAAGAGACGUACGCCAGAGUCAGGAGCGACACUCGGCCGCUAAAACACAAGUGGAAGCCGAGCCCUUUCACCGUUAUACAGCGAAAUGCUUCAGUCCCCAACCUGAGGAAGCAGGAGGAGAAGCUGCUCGCCUUGAAGAAGCCUGGUUUACCAGCGUUGAGCCGAACCACAGAGCUCCAGGAUGAGCUGAGUCACCUUCGGAGUCAGAUAGCUAAAAUAGUCGCUGCGGAAUCAGCUUCUACUUCAUUUACACCAGAUCUGUUAUCUCCAGGAAGUUCAAACGCAUCUUCGCCUCUACCUUGUUUUGGACCCUCUUUCCAAUCCACAACUUCCUUUGUCAUUAGUGAUAUCACGGAGGAGGAAGCAGAACUCGAAAGCCCUGAGCUUCCGUCCGUCUCCCUGCUUUGUUCUGCAACCUCCGAGUGUUUUAAACCAGACCCAAAGGAUCCUGAAGAGGAAGACUCGGUCUCACUUUCAAAGGCCAGCAGCUUUGCGGAUAUGAUGGGCAUCCUCAAAGACAUCCACAGGAUGAAGCAGAGCAAAGACUUAACCCAGACCCCAAUGAAGGAGGAGGACCCGGCCAUUCUCAUAGCAGAAGUUCUGAGAAGGAAAUUUGCCCUCAAGGAUGAAGAUCUGGCUCUGAAGGAGAAAUGAUGUCACCGUCAUUAAACUCUGUAAGCAAACAUGUUAUGCUCCCAAGAUUUUCUCCACAGUAGCUGCCUUCCUGAGGAUUGAGCCGUUUGCCUCUUUUAUUAAUUAGAAAUGGUUUCAGCACUGGACACUUAGGGGCGACCCCACGGAUUUGAUGUGUUUUCCAUGUAUUGUUAUAUUUAAGAAGAAACUUUUUAAGAAGAUGGAAUCUUUUCCACGUGACUUUUGAUGUUGAUUAUUGCUAAGGAUCUUCUGAAGAGUGCAGUGAGUGCUGCUGGAUGACUUUCUUUCUACCUGUCAUUAUUCUUAGGUUCAAAUUAAGCAUUAGCUGCUAACAGCCUGGUUACAACAUAACUCGUUACCAUUGCCAGUAUAAAGGGGUGCCAAGCAUCCCGAUCUUUAUCUGUUCUGAGCGUGGUACAGAGCUACCGAGAAUAAGCUAAUUACUGCUUCCAGGUGUUCCAUGUCCAGGAGGCUGUUGGAAUCGCAGAGUGAAAGGUGUCUUCCCAGUGUUUCUGUCUGACCGGAUGGUAGGAUGAAAGGCAGUGAUGAUCAGCGUCCUCGGGCACAGUGAAGGGACAGACACUGGCUGGGUUUGGUGUCGCCUGGGCACUCCUUAACUCACAAAUUAUCCCCACAAUUGCAUGACAGAAUGGCCUUAAUUUCUUGCCAGUAAUUUAAUGUUUCAUUACUAGUCCUUGUAUAUCAGGUAAAUGUAUUUUAUUUAGCACCCAAAAGGUCUAUUUAUUAAACCACCAAUGCUAAGAACCGAGCACCCGCACAGGAGCUGCGGAAGGGAAGGCAGCACUCGGCAUUGCCCAUGGCUGCAGCUCUCACCAACCGGAGAGGUUCCUCCAGCUCCACAUCCUCUGCAGUGUUCCUCAUGGCUGUAUUUAAAUAUGAUUUUUCCUUUAUAUAAAAUCGAGCCUUAAUAAGAAACCG